GCACAACACAUCGCCAUUUUCAGCGAUUCUGCAGCAUCGACUGGAACAGCAAAGUAAAUAGGUCACAAGAUCGAAGAAAGGAAAAUUAAGGAACAUUGUCGACCAACGACGGCUUUUAUUCGCACAUCUCUGUGCUCUGAACCCUCUGACUGAGAGCCAAUGAUCAGUUGUUCCGCUCGAAUGAAGUGUUUCAGCUCAGAUGUGAUUAUUAACAGCUUUUUAAUUCGGACUUUAACAUAAAUCAGAAUGAAAAGAGGGCAGAAGAGAGGAGAUCAGCAAGAGGAUGGAGGAGGUCCAAGUCUUGGUUUCCCAGAAACCUGCAAAAAGCUUUGUAUAGAGGGUUCUGGGGAACAGCUGCAAGAUCAGGGGAGCUGCGACUCGGAGAGCAGAGUAGACUGGGGCUGCCUGCCUCAGGAGAUCCUGCUGCAGAUUUUCCAGUACCUGCCCUUGCUGGAUCGGGCAUUUGCCUCACAGGUGUGCAGGGGCUGGAACGAAGCAUUCCACAUGCCUGAGCUCUGGAGGUGCUUUGAGUUUGAGCUCAACCAACCUGCCAGCUCUUACUUGAAGGCCACACACCCAGACCUCAUCAAGCAAAUCAUCAAGAGACACUCCAACCACCUUCAAUAUGUCAGUUUCAAGGUCGACAGUAGCACUGAGUCUGCAGAAGCAGCCUGUGAUAUCUUGUCUCAGCUGGUGAACUGCUCGCUCAAGACCUUAGGGCUUAUAUCCACAGCUAGACCCAGCUUCAUGGAGUUGCCUAAGUCUCAUUUCAUCUCAGCCCUGACUGUGGUUUUCGUAAACUCCAAGUCCCUGUCCUCGCUGAAGAUUGAUGACACACCAGUAGAUGAUCCGUCACUCAAAGUUCUUGUAGCCAAUAACAGCGACACCCUCAAGCUGCUGAAGAUGAGCAGCUGCCCUCAUGUCUCACCUGCAGGCAUUCUUUGUGUGGCUGACCAGUGCCAUGGCCUACGUGAGCUAGCACUAAACUACCAUCUGCUGAGUGACGAGCUGCUACUGGCAUUGUCAUCUGAGCGUCACGUGCACCUAGAGCAUCUACGGAUUGAUGUGGUGAGUGAGAACCCAGGGCAGAUGCAGUUCCAUACCAUCAAGCGCAGCAGCUGGGAGGCAAUGGUUCGCCACUCACCCAAGUUCAGCCUUGUCAUGUACUUCUUUCUGUAUGAGGAAGAGUUUGGGCCAUUCUUCUGUGAUGAAGUGCCUGUGACACACCUCUAUUUCGGCCGCUCUGUGAGCAAGGAAGUGCUGGGCCGUGUGGGGAUGACAUGCCCUCGCUUGAUUGAGCUAGUUGUGUGUGCCAAUGGCCUGCGACCUCUUGAUGAGGAGCUCAUUCGAAUUGCUGAGCGCUGUCAGCAUCUGUCAGCCAUUGGCCUAGGGGAGUGUGAAGUCUCCUGCAGCGCAUUUGUGGAGUUUGUGAAGAUGUGCGGCCGCCGUCUCUCUCAGCUCUCUAUUAUGGAAGAGGUGUUAGUCCCUGACCACAAAUAUGGCCUGGACGACAUCCACUGGGAGGUGUCAAAGCAUUUGGGCCGUGUUUGGUUCCCUGAUAUGAUGCCCACCUGGUAGGGUACAGCCACUACCCUGUGCAUGGGUUUUGCUCACUUCUGCAAACCAAGCCUUCCUCCACCAACAACUUUUUCAGUUCAUAAAGGAGUGAAUAUUCCUGGAGAAAUGACACAUUUUACAGAAUUUGCAGUAUUACUUGGAGGCUUUUAGUUUAAAUUUUAUACUGCAGCUUUAACCAAGUGUCACUACAAAUAACAGCCUCCUAAAUUGUCAAGUGUGAACUCAAAUACAUGUUAGUAAUGUAUUGAAUAUUUUUAUUUAAGUCUGUAAGCUGAUUUAACUCUAAAUUAUUACCCUUUUUUCUUUCUGAAUAUCACAGUAAUAUUACUGACUACAUACUUUUUUAAAUUAUAAAGACACUUUGCCAGUAAAUCCCAAACAUUUAAACACUUUAUUUACUUGGUACAAAUAAGAGAUGGGUUCCUAUUUUUUAUAUAAUCCCCAAAUUAUUCCAAUUUGACAAAGCUUGCUUCUUUUACCCUUUUUAUUUCUGUCUAGAAUGUGUAAAUCAUCCUCAGAAGAGUGUCCCUUAUCCUUCAGUUUCAGGUAGCUUUGUCAUCACAGUAGUAUUGUCACCUCUAAGCUCCAAGGUCCUGGGUUUGUUCCUGAGAUGGAGGUACUGUCGGGCCUGAGUUUUGCAUGUUUUCCCCAAGUAAGAGAGAAUGAGUGCGAGUGUGUCUAAGAACAGUGUCUUGUACAUCCCAUCCACUAAUACAUUCCAACUUAUUAUUAUUCCAAUUCUCUUGUUGGCUAUCCAGUUGGGCAGUUUAAAUGUCUGUUGGAACACAUGUUUUAUGCAGAUUUAAGAUUAAAAGUUGUAUCUCUCAAUAGCUGUAUCUCUUAAAUGUGUUUCCUUUUAGUGUAUUUUAUAGCCCUACCGUAAUACCUUGCCAUCUGAUUUUGGGGUAGAGCAGCAAAAACAUAUUUCUCUGAUACAUCUUAGCUUCUCUUGAAAAUUCUACCAGCAGAUAGAACUAUCAAUGUCUUCACUAGCAAAACAGUAACAGGUUUAAAAUAAAAAAUUGAAACGUGGUUAAUCAUGGCUGUGUAGCUUAAUUUAAUUUAUAGCUUUGAAUUUAUAUUUAUUUUCUCUUCUGACUUCAGUGUUUAAGCAUUCCUGAGCUUGUUAAUAAUUAAUCAUAAAAAAAACACUAAACACUAAUAUUACUGAUUGCAGCUACAGUGAGUAUUAAACAGCUUCUACUAUUUUUUUACAGCUGUUAUUAUGUAACUUGACAUUUUAUGUAUGUCUGAUCACGCUCCCAUCUCCCUUCCCUUCUUGGCAAUACCUUGCUCAUACAUAGCAGCCUGCAAUGCAACCUGUUAUAGAUAGCAGGCAUGAUAGGACAGUGGCUUAUUGCACACAGUCUCAAAGGCCUACCUUACGCCCAGUGUUCCUGGGAUAGGCUCAGGCUCCACUGUGACCCUGAUCAGCAUAAAGAGUUUACUGUAAGUGAGUGCACUGUACAUGUACAUGCUCUUAUGAAAUUGUUUUCUGAGCAUGUUACUCAGUUUGAAAUACAUGUAUCAUGAAUCUUUUAAUUAAAAACCCAAUUUGCAUACA